AUGGUGGCGCGGUUCACGGUCGGCCACCACUACCGCGCGCUUGUCCAGCGCGUCAGCUCCAAGCACAGGCGCUGCCUGCUCGAGUACAUCGAAUACGCGGGACAGACGGUGGUGGCGCGGUUCACAGACGGCCACCACUACCGUGCGCUCGUCCAGCGCGUCAGCUCCAAGCACAGGCGCUGCCUGCUCGAGUACGCGGGACAGACGGUGGUGGCGCGGUUCACGGACGGCCACCGCGCGCUCGUCCAGCGCGUCAGCUCCAAGCACAGGCGCUGCCUGCUCGAGUACAUCGAGUACGGUGAGUGUCUCUAUAGAGGACAGUACUAUAGGAGCUGCCAACGGCGGGACAGACGGUGGUGGCGCGGUUCACGGACGGCCACCACUACCGCGCGCUCGUCCAGCGCGUCAGCUCCAAGCACAGGCGCUGCCCGCUCGAGUACAUCGAGUACGACGGUGGUGGUGCGGUUCACGGACGGCCACCACUACCGCGCGCUCGUCCAGCGCGUCAGCUCCAAGCACAGGCGCUGCCUGCUCGAGUACAUCGAGUACGGUGAGUGUCUCUAUAGAGGACAGUACUAUAGGAGCUGCCAACGGCGGGACAGACGGUGGUGGUGCGGUUCACGGACGGCCACCACUACCGCGCGCUCGUCCAGCGCGUCAGCUCCAAGCACAGGCGCUGCCUGCUCGAGUACAUCGAGUACGGAGCUGCCAACGGCGGGACAGACGGUGGUGGCGCGGUUCACGGACGGCCACCGCGCGCUCGUCCAGCGCGUCAGCUCCAAGCACAGGCGCUGCCUGCUCGAGUACAUCGAGUACGGCAACGCAACGAUCGUGGAAGACCUGGAGUCCCUCUGCCCGUGUCCCGAUAACUUCUCCCUCGCCGCUCGUCCGACGCUCACCUCGCACGUGACGCUUCAGAUGAAACAGGAGGCGUUCUCCGACGCUGCGACAGCCUAUUUGGACAAGCUGAAGGAUGACGCCACUGUGUUGACGCUGAGCAUUCCAUCCGGCGAGAAGACCGGCCCCAGCAAGACUCCCGUCCGCCUGACCGUGACGGAGUCCAAUGAAGUAGUGAACCGCACCGUGGACUCGCUGUCCACGCCGGAGUGGCAGAAGUUACUGGAGCGGGGCGGGGAUGUGCUAGAAACGGAAACGUUCCACUUCCACCACGUCACAUACGUGGACCCUCCAGCAGCAGGUGGCGAGAUGGUGAUCCUGGACUGCAGCACGCUCGAGCACGCCAUUGUGAGCGGCCACCACAAGAACGCCGAGCACGCGCGCAAGGCCUUCGCUCUCACUCCCCAGCUGCAAGAAUAUUGUAACAGCGCCCUCGCCAAGGACCCGUACCUGCCGAAACCCGAGGAGCUGUGCAUCGCGAUGUGCCCUAUCAAGAAGCAGUGGCUCCGCGCCGUGAUGGGUGAACAACUUGGCGGUCCGGGCGGCGCUGAAGCCCAGGUUCUGUUCUACGACUACGGACACAUGCCGACCGUGCCCGUCACCGCGCUGCGCAAGAUGAUGCCCGAAUUCGCGCGAGAUAUACCUGCCGCUGUCUGUACCCUGGUUAUCAAAGGUUAGUGCACCAAUUGUACGUUAGAUGGCGUUGUACCGGCCGGUGGAAAUCCUACAUCGCGCUGUUAAGAUUUUUCCUAGAAUAAUGGGGUUGGGUGAUGGAUUUUGUGUAUUGUCCUUGUGGAUCGCUUGGACUUACGAGUGGCAGUAAUUAAAUGGUUUCGUGGGGUAUUUGGUGAGAAGUAUUAUGACAUCGAGAACAAGGAAGGGAUGGGAGACCAGGCCCCUGUUUCACCAACGUGACAGG